AUUCGAGCGAACCGCUCCCCGUAAGAGAGAGAGAGAUAUUUUAGUAAAGAAACAUUUGGGAGAAGAAUAUACUAAGGGGGAUUAUCGAUUGCAAUGCUGUAUAACUGGUGAGAUGAAUAAAGUAGCAAACGGAGCAAACUGUCGCGAUCCCACUCUUUUCUCGUUUGAUCCUUCUGCUUCUUUUAACUUCAACCAUCCCUGUUGUUGGAUCGUGGUGAAGCGAGGAGGCUCACUAGUUUCGUCUGGACAUGCUGUUGACUCAUUGGCUUGCAGCAGAUUAAAAAUUAUACCUAAUGGUUUGAGAGAACGAGAUGUUCAUGGCAGCUGCAGAAGUAAGGACUACUUGGCAGCGUGCUGCAAACCGUUGCCUGGUACAGGAAGAUGCAACUGUUCAUCAUCUACUCUACAAAGUGAUUCAGGCAGUGGAAGUAGAAUAACUGUCCAAGAUUAUCUUAUUCCUAAUUUCAUACAUAACAGAGAUUCCAUGAAUUGUGUUCUGUUACCUGAAACAAAAUGGUGGCUUCAGAUGCAACCGAACUUUGGAUAUCAUAAGGAUUUUAUUUGUGAGCAACUAAACUCUUUAGAAUAUGAGGGUGACGCUGAGGGAGCUGUACUCACAAAUAAGAACUCUUCAGCAAAUGACUCUGGCCACUUUGUUGCUAAAAAGGAAGACUCUUUUCUGAACUCUUCUGAGGUAGUCUCAUCAGUUUUCAUGACACGGGGUGCGGAUAGAACGUUCAAAGAGAUUAAUACAAAAAAUUAUUCAGAACACUCGCUCAAGAGAAAGAUAACCACUGAAGAUUGCCUUCAUAAAGGGCAACUUCUGGGCUCAACAGUUGAUCCCUUUGCCCUGAAAAGAAGAGUAAAUUUUUCGUUAGAUCUUGAAUCACCCUCGGCCAGGGCUAACAAAUCUGAGUCAUGGUGGCGUAUUGCAGGAAAAGAUGAAUUAUCUUUGUUGGUUGCCCAGAAAUCUUUGCAGCAUAUUGAAAAUUGCGAUCUUCCUAGAUCUAGCCAGACAGUUCAUGUCCCCACGAGAAAAUUAGAUGCACGUAUAUAUGGUACUUGUUCGUGUUGUUUUGAUGAUAAUUUAUUUUCUUCCGGCGUAAACAUGCUGCAUGAAUCAGAGAAGUUGUGCAGUCAAGCACAAGGUCGAAAACCUCCCAGUAAUCAGACAUUCAAGCAUGACCUUUCAAGAUCCAAUCUUCUGGAUGCACUUCGCCAUUCACAAACCCGAGCAAGGAAAGCUGAAAUGGAGGCUCAGAAAUCUCAUGAUGAAAAUGAACAUAUAAUCAAGCUUUUAUUCAGACAAGCGUCGCACCUUUUUGCGUACAGACAGUGGCUUCAAAUGUGGCAGUGGCAGAACCUUCUUCUUCAGCAUCAACUAAAGGACCAUUCAAUAUCGACUAGAAUGCCAUUGAAAGGAAAACACAAGGAAGGGAGUAAAAAUCAGAAGUGUGAGAUAUGCAAAUUCGCAGUUGCAUUUGCUGUCGGAUUGGGCCUGGUUAGCGCAGGAUUGCUCCUCGGCUGGACGAUCGGUUGCUGGUUUCCCCCGGUAUAGAAUUAUAUUAUCUUCGAGUCAACGUUUGCCGUUGAUCUGUGUUAUGGCGAACAGGUGAUUGCAUAGUAGGCACGUUUUGU